AUGCUGGGGCUGCUGCUGCUGCAGGUGUUGGCCAGCUGCCUCUGGCUGGGACACGGUGAGGUGGUGACAUCCUUCACAAGCUGUCCUCAGUUCUUCUAUGCUGGGACCACCCCAAAUGAUGUCCUGAAUCCAAAGAACCCAGCCUGGAUCUGUCAGCGCUACAUGAACUCAUAUCACUAUGCCACCCUGUAUGACAGAGACAGGAGAAUUCCAGUGUACUCAGCCUACAAAUACAAGCCUGGAGAUGCCAAGAAACCUCACUCGUGGUGGUUUGUUGAGCCCCAGCUCAUAGAUAAAAAUAGCCUUAAAGAGAUGGAAAGAGAGUCGGUCCUCAUAGAGCAACAUAAAUUCACUUUAGAACAAAUCAAAGAGAGCCAGGCUGUCCUUGAUGACUACAAAGACCUGAAGGAUUUGGACCGUGGCCAUUUGAGCCCCAGUGGCCAUCAGGAUAGUAGAGAAAGCAAGACAGCUACCUUCACCCUCACCAACAUAGUGCCCCAGGACAGCAGUCUCAACAAUGGCCAGUGGAACAUCUACGAAUUUAAAAUAAUGAACCAAACGACCAGGGACUGUACAAGCACCUACGUUGUCACGGGUGCUGUGCCUGGGAACACCUACGUCUCCGAAGGCAGGGUUAACAGACCCAGCCACAUCUGGUCAGCUGCCUGCUGUCUGGGGGACACAGGGCCCAAAGAUGCUUGGGGGGCCAUCGCUGAGAACGACAAGAAUGAGGUGGAGGUCCUCAGCCUGGGGGAGCUGGAGAAGAGGUUGACCAAUCUCUACGGGGGAAUGGUUACUCUGUUCAACAAUGCCUGUCCCCGGGAACAAAGCUCACAUCCUCAUUAGAAGAGGCUUGGUGGCAUUUCCACAUGUCCUAGAAUCACAGAAUCACAGAAUGAGUUGGUCUUGAUGAGACCUUAGAAAUCACCUCAUUCCGACCUGCCUGCCAUGGUAAAGGACACCUCCCGCUACACCAGGUUGUUCCAAGCCCUCCCCAGCCUGGCCUUGAACGCUUCCAGAGAUGGAGCAGUCAAAACAGCUCUGGGUAACUUUUACUCAUACCACAGCCUGCUCAGGGUAAUUUACUUGGUUAUAAUAUCCCAUCUAGCCCUGCCCUCCAUCAGUGUGAAACCAUUCCCACUUCUCCUGUCACUCCAUACCCUUGUCCAAAGACCCCCUCCAGCCCUCAUCGAGGUCCUUUAGGUAAGGGACAAAUGUCCUCUGCAGCGUCUGUGCUGCUUCCUUCUCUGGUGUGUUUCCAGCUCUGUCCCUCAGGGCACCUCCUCCUCUGCUCAAAGGCACAAAGCUGUGGGCAGAGCCUCCAGCUGCUUUGCUUUGCUGCCCCUCUCAGGAGAGAGCUCUCAGGAACGGGUCCUCUCCUCCUCAGCUGUCCCCGAGAGUGUGCAGCUGACUUGUCCCUCACCUCCUUAGCAAGGCUGUGGGACCAGGGCACCUCACACUGCCCAGAGAUCUUUUCUGGAGAUCUCCAUGUCUGCAGAUACCCAAACCCCAACAAUACAUGGUGAUGGACAACCUGCUCUUGCUGAUCCUGCUGGAGCCUGGGGUCUGCACUAGAAGAUCCUGACAAGUCCCUCCAAAACACAACAAUUCAGUGAUUCUGUGAUCCUGGGACAUGCUUUUGGUUGCUUGCUUUGGAAACUGCACCUUGAGAGCAGCAGCUGUUGUAUCAGACAGGCAGGCUUUGGCAUCAGACACAGAGAAAGCUUUGAGCAGCCAAAGCUAAAUUCCUGUGGUGCACUCCUUGGACACCUUCAUCCUCUGCUCUGCUUCUGAAGCUUUUCUGCAGAUUUAUGGGAAAUUGAUUUGGGCAAAUGUAUUCAAUGGUUGUCAAAGAUCAACA